CCUCCUCCCCUGCGGGACCCUUGCUGGUGGUGCCAGCCACAGGCUGCUCAUGGGAGCGAGGUGCCCCAAACAUUGCUGGGAGUAGAGGGGUUUCAGUCUUCCCCUUCAGCCACCGCACAGCGCAGGCUCGUCUCAGGGCUGACCCAACAGCUCGAGGGUGCCGAGGGGUUCCCGGCAUCUGCAGAGCUCCCCACAGAGAUGCAAAGCAGCCCUUUCAGGGGCUCGGGAGAUUUUUGGCUGCUGGGGAAGGAAAAGUCGGGAAGAGCCUCUCUUAAAGGAUGGCAGAAGUGUUGCGUAGGCAAGAGUAGCAGGCAGACGGGGCCGGCUGCUCCUAAACCAAUUUAUUCUGCCGCUGGCAGGAGCGAUGGAGCAGUGCCCUCCCGCGGUGGCUGUCCGGCUGGCGGGGCUACACGGGCACCCUGGGGGCUGCAGCCUCCUGCUCCUUGUGCUCCUUCUGCCACAGGGCCUUGAGCCUGCGGUAGUACACCUUGCAGCUGUAGCCCUCCUGGGAGCUGUGCUGGAUGUGGGCCUUGACCGACCACAGCGUGGGGAAGACGCGGCAGCACGACACGCACUGGUAGCCGUGCUGGGGCACCGGCUGCCACUGGGAAGCGGCGAGGAUGUCCCGGAAUGUGAUACUGGCUCUGCUCCUGGCUGGUCUGUCCCUCUCAGUGGGCUGGAGCUCAUCUGAGGAGCCAGAGGAGGAGCAGAUGAUCUCUGAGAGGUCAUCAGGCUCCUCAUGCUCCUGGGUGCUGGAGGCCAGGCUGGAGGAGAGGCUGCCCAGGUGCUGCUGGGCGGCUCCUUUGGUGCACAUGAAGUAGCUGUAGGGUGAGAACCAGGGCCGGUAGAUGGUGCAGGUGCGGGCAGGCAGCUCGCUGUCCGGCGGGGCUGCGGGGCCACAAGCUGCAGAAGAAAGAGCCUGCAGUGAGUCAGGCAUCCCUGUAAGAGCCCAGCCCGCCAUGGGGUUGGGAGCAGUGCUGGGGACCCUUCCUCUCUGUCUCUGUGGGAUGCAGAGGUGGCUGGCUCUGUCCCAGUACAUCCCCCCGGCAUGGAGGGUACCAUCCCUCCCCCCACGGGACGCAGGGGUAGAGAUGGGCACAGGAUGCUGGUGGGCACUGAGGCAUCAGCACAGCACAAAGCUCACACAGCAGCCCGCUGGAGCCUUCCCACGGAGAGCUGCACUGGCACAGGGGCAGCGAUGGGGGGGGCGAGCUGGUGCUCCUGGGGGCAGCACCCACAGCUUUGAGGAUUCCCGCUGGGAAGACUUGGGGGAGAAACUGGUGUAGCUCAGAGGUGGGGUGUGACCGCAGAACCCUGCCAGGUCCCCAGAAAGCGCCUGCUGCCACAGACCUACCCGGUCCCCUUUCCCCACCCAUGCAGGAGGACAUGCCCUGCCAAAUCCCUCCACGAACUGUCUGCCCGCAGGCCCUUGCUGUGCCGUGGGAGGCUGAGUGGUGCCGUGGCCGGGCCCAGGAGGUGCAAGAGGGAUCCCUCCCCACAGGCAGUGCCGGCUGCUUGCAGCCCCUGCCUGGCUGCAGCUGGUGGGCACCAGGCUCACCGGGCAGGCUGGCAGGGACACAGGGACACAGGGUCUCUGGGCUUCUUGUCCUGGUGCUGCAGGGCACAGCCCCGAUGGAAGCGGUGGGCAGGAUGAAGCUCUCCAUCACCCUUGUGUAGCCGGUGUCUGGCUCCUGUGCCAUGGUACCCAUGCUGUCAUCAGCUGAUGUCACAAAGGGAUGAUGUCACAUGUGUACGGUGCACAGCCGGAUGCUCCUGGGCAGUGGGCUCAGCCCCCGGGAUCUCUGGGGAGCUUGGCCAGCACAAUGGGACAGCCAGCCUGGGCUGAGGGGGUGCCUUGGUGGCGUGGGCAGCGCAGAGCCCAGGCUGUGGGUGCCCCCAGAGACCCCCUGCUGCUUUGCGGGUGCCUGGCUGAUAAGGGCCCCACAUGAGUCCCAUCUUUGCAGGCAGCAUGGCAGUCACUCGGUAUCAGUGGACCAGAGCAUGUUUGAGAACGCCAGCGCGGCACCCACCCCGCGGCCGCGGCACGUCCCCACCACGGCAGGCACCCUGCCACAGCCCUCCCGCCCUGCCGGCAGCCAGCACCUCCGCAACCUGGGCAAGGCCGUGGGGGCCAAGGUGAAUGACCUCCUGCGCCGCAAGGAGCCGGCCGGCCUCCCCAGCGUGGGAGUGAUGGAGGUGAACGCCAGUGCUGGGGCCAUGCUGGGCACGGGACAGCCGGCUAGCGAGGACGGGGCUGUGGGGCUGGAUGCCUUUCCCCGGCUGGACCCCCCGCCCCCCGUUACCAAGAAGCGGACGCCACGCGCCCUGAAGACCCCGCAGGACAUGCUUAUCGCGCCGCAGCCGGCGGGGACCAGCCUGAGGAGCAGCACGGAGGAGCUCCCCGAACCGCCUGCAGCCCACCCUGACCCUGCAGAGGAGCAGCCAGGGAUGAGGGACCUGUCCCCUCCAGAAUGCCCUGGGGUCCCCAGCAUGACCAGCAUCCCAGAGCCCAGUGGGGACCAGCCCACCGGUGCCCUCCCUGUGCCUGACCUCAUCCAUAAGGGCAGCCUAGAGAGCCAGUGGCGAGCGGGCGAGAGGGCUACCGAGACCUCACCCCUCAUGGAGAAGCCCCCCCGGAGACCAGGGCUGGAGCACGAGCCACCGGGGAUCAUGGCGCAGCCAGACCCACGUACGCCCAGCUGGGAGGUGGAGGGGCCCCAUCCUGACCUACUGUCCUUUGAGUAGCAACCGGGGAGCAGCGACAGGGGCACCGUGGGGGCUGGCUCUCCCAAACAUGUCUCUCACUGCUACUUGCCGGUUUUGGGGUCAUUAUUUUGGAGAUGGAGCCCUGGGGUGGCAGGAGCCAUUGCUGUCCCAGCGUGGUAUGUGGGGAUCCAUGACACCCCACUUCUCCCCAAAUUCCCAGGGGGAAUUAGCCUGUCCUGCCAUGGCUUCUGCAGCCCCAUCCCGGGCCUAUUCACCCUGGUCAGUGCAAAGCUCCCGUCCCACCAUGGUGCCACCAUUCUGUACACAGCCUGGGGCCAUGCUGAGCUGGGGACCAAGGGCGGGCUCGCUCAGCAGCCCAGGUCCUUGUGUGUGGGUGCAGAAGCACCAGCCUGCCCCCAACCCCAUCAGCUCUGCCAGGGCAAGGGUCCCACGAGCGUCCCACACUGUUCCCCACAUUUGCCCUGGCUGCCCUGGUCCAGAGGAUUUCCCAGCUUAUGCCAUGUGCUUGCUGAGACGCCCCAUGCUGGGGUGCCCGCAGCCUCACCCAGCCCUAGUGCCUAGUGCCAAGGAGCUGGGAUGGCAGAUGUGCCUAGGACCUUCUCCAGGUGCCAACCCCUUGGUGUUAGUCUGCCCAGUGCCAUCUCUUUGCAGUGGAGCCCCAGCUACGGGAGACCCGCUCGUGGCACAGGCUCUGGUGGGGAGCAGGGCUGGAUGCCUGAGGCCACACAGCUGCUGGCCAGUGGGCUCUGGCAGGGAGCCGAGCUCCCCAUCAGACCUCCCUCCAGCUCCCGCUUGUUUCCUGGUCUCGCCCCAGCCACCACGGACCAGACCGACCUGCCCAGGCAGGCAGCCAACUCCGUGUGGGCCAGCAUCACCGCUCCUUUAUUUCCUGGGACGGUGACGUCUUUGCGAGACUGGGACACAAGAAGCCACGUGGUCCUUUUAUACUGCUCUAUGAUUGUUUCUCCAUGAAUUACAGGAGAGGUUAGCCAGCCUGUGGACCCCUGGGCCGGUGCAAGGAAGCAGCUGCAAGAUGGCACUUUUUGCUUAGAGCUUUUUGCUUAGUGCAUCCUCACCACAAAGGUGUUUUUGCGAGGAAGAGCUCCAAAGACCAAAUUUGGUCUGGAGGAGGCUAGGGGCUCAUGGAUGGGGCUGCUCCUGGGCCACACAGGGUGGUUGGGCUGAAGAAAUGUCUUCCACCACCCAAAGCCAUGUUGUGGUCCUGCUGAAGGAAGGAGGCCGUGAGCGUGGAUCCCUUUGCCCUGGGAGCAGCCACCGUGCCUCCUUGCCCGUCGGCGUGGUGGGUGCCAUGGCGGCACCGGGGCUCUGCAGCGCUCAGCCCUGGGAAGGCUCCGCUGAAGAGCGAAGGAGAUGCCAGAGAUGCACAGAGCCUGCGGGCAGCUGGCGGUCGGUGCUGAGGUAUAACACACCCUGCGUAUAAUGUGAUUAGGCCGUGCAUGGCCAAUGCGACCCCACAAACAGAAAUCUAUAUGAGUAUGUAUAUGUGUAUGCUGCCUAGACCUACGUUGCGUUGUAUAUUUUGAUGGAAACAAGGGCUUGUAGCCCUGCUUUGAGGAACCAGCAUCUUCCAACCCUGUCGAUCACAAGGGAACCUCACUGCUGGUCCAGUCCCUCUAUUUAUGUUGUCUAGGGUGUGUGUGUAGUUUGGGACAAAAGAUGCAGAUUGCACAAUAAAUUUUUUUUCUUUUUUA